UUUGGUUCAAUUCUGUUUCCGAAUUCGGUUUGGAAGUUUCCACGGGAUUCUGUUUAGGCUUUACUUUUUGUUGUGCUUUGUGAAUUGUUUCGUUUCAAAGAAAUUGUUGAGAUAUAAUUUCCUAUUUUUAUUUUGUGUGAGCAUUUAUCUUUUGGAAGUUCCGAAAAUGUCUGCAAAAAAUAUUUACUACUCAGACAAGUAUAAUGAUGAUCAGUACGAAUACAGGCAUGUAGUGCUGCCCAAGGAGAUGGUGAAGCUUGUACCAAAGACACACCUGAUGACAGAGGAAGAAUGGCGAAGUAUUGGCGUACAGCAGAGUAAAGGUUGGAUCCAUUACAUGACCCACCAGCCUGAGCCCCAUAUUUUGCUGUUCAAGAGGCCUCUUCCGAAGGACGACUAGAUUUUCAUUAAGGAAUUUGUACAUAACAAAAAUCUGUUUGAACUAAGUUAUAAAAUAUGUGAUCGACAAAAUCUCAUAUUGUUGGAUAACCAGGAAUAGUAAUUUCAUAAUGUAUUUUUUAUUGUAUUAGUGAGUCAUUAUAUUCAGUUGCUGUUCUCUUCAGCUUUUACUAUAAGAUCUUCUUCACUGUUCCUUUUCAUUAAAAUGUGAUCUAUGGUGCCUUUCAUUCGAGUAGUUUAGGUAAGUAAUAGCUUUGAUAGUAUUUACCACUCUACUACGUUUGGUUUUCUUGAACUAACGAUUUCAUCUAUCACACACCUGCAUCUAUUGUGCAUUGUUUGUUAUAUUAUUAUUUACAUUGAUUUAAAUUCUUGUUUCAUAUAUAGACUUGUGGUACUGUACUUCCAUUUUUAAUAAAAAAUGUUAACUUCCUUUUGUAGUUUGAUAUAGAUGUAAAAGAGAAACACGUGCUGUGUUAUUUCAUUUUAAGAUUUGAAAAAAGAAAUAUUACAUCUACAAAAUAAUAUUUACAUCACAGACUGGUACAACUUUCAAGAAGGAUUAACCGAAUUGCAAGUAAAAAAACCGUAACUGUGGACCAAAAUGAGCACACAUUUAUUUUUAGCUGUUCAAAUUAAGUUUAGUAUUUUUUAUGUGUAAAAUAAUAUUAGUCUCAACAUAAUUUUAGUAACAUUUAACUGCUCAAAUACAUAAUUUUUAUAUUGUGCACCGUGAUAUUCUUUAGCAUAUAAUAUUUAUCUAUAAUAAAUCUAAAUUAGGCUUACUGAAAAGUAUUGAAGUUUUUACCUCGAAAAAUUAGUUUUUAACCUAGUAUAAUGUUUAAAGUAACAGUAAUGUAUAAUUAUCAGUGUAAGUAAAUUAAAGCUUUUCCACACUUAAUUGUUUAGCUGUAUAUAUUUUCCUAAAACGUGUUUCUUGACUAAGUGUCAUAUUUUUAUAUGUUUGUAGUGAGGUUUUGAUUUUUGUAAAUAAAAAUUCAUUUAUA